GUUGUGGAGUUUCGUCUGCUUGUUGUUGCUUUACACUUCGGCACGAUGGGGGGCCCCAAUUUCUUGGAAAAAGUCAAGCUCCACGUGCAGUACGCGUAUGUAGCGGUUAAGGACAAGAGGACGAACGUUUCCGGCAGAGCAGUCGAGGAAGCUCUGCGCAUCCUACUUGAGCUUGCGGAGAAGUAUGGACAUUUUAUCGACAACGUGGAGCCGUUCACAUCGCUGCAGAAAGUAGCAGGCGCUAGUGCCGUUCAUCAAAAGAAUAAGAAGGACCUUCUUCGAAGUCAAAGCUGCCCACCUCAGGCGUCUUCGCAUGUCAGCGGCAAGCGACCCGGGAACAAGUUUCAGCCAGGGCGCCGCGACGGAGAUAACAGCGCGAAGCUAGCGCGUGAGCAACCACAGCUACAAAAGCAGAACGCGGAGGAGCCAGCCCGUCCGCGCAGACUUUCAACCAACAAAAGAAUGGCGAUCAACGCCAGCCCAGAACAAGGCGGCGGCAGUUGUUCCGUCGACCUUGGAGCUAAUGCUGCAGAGCAGAAAGAGGAUGAGGACGCGCUCCCAGAGACGAAGGCGAGCGCUAAGGCAGUUUCCGGUCGUGGGGCCAGUGCACAAGCAGUACCAAAAGCAAAGCCGUCCGACCUCGCCUUGGUGGCAGUGCGUCACAACGGAAUAUCUGCUGAAAAUAUGAUGUCUGGGUCCCGAAGGUUGCAGCGAGUUUCAUCCUUGAAUAGCAGAAACGCAUAAAGUUAUGCGCUGCAUUUAGCUCAUGCAAAACGAAGGGCAGCUUGUUUGUCAUGGGUAGCUGUGCACUGAGGUCUGCUUAAAACAGAAGAAGUGCGCUUUGUUCGUUAUUGCAACUCUCCAGACUGAGACACGUUCGCACUUGAUACGGGAGAGCCGCUUCCUCGAAGAAAUUACGGAAAGUGGCAUCAGCGGAGCAUUUCACCGCUGGCGAAAUUGGUGACGACCGGGAUAUGAAGCCGAAGGAAACGAUGACGAUGAGCAGUAUGAAGGUGAGUAAGAGCGGCGGCAUCUUUUCCGGGAAAAACCACGCACCACAUGCCUCCUCCGAACCGAAAGCGGGAAGCGCGGGAGUAUCAAAUGAUAACAACGCCGCCAACUCUCGCGCAGAUAAAGCGGCAAAACAGGCCGGCGAAAAGUCGCCCGCUGCAGUGGCGGCACCCUCGAAGCUGGAGAACGUCGGCGAGCUGAAUCCUGCUGCGGUCGAUGACGAUGGAAAUCUGGAAGACGCCGUAUCCAGGCUGUUGGCGUUUAUGGGGCCGCUGCUAUCCUGUGUAAAAACGUCUCCACCGCAGAACUGUCAUGCAGGUUUACGAAGACAGGAUCAUUUGUGAUGCGCAUCCCCAAGAUAGGCAAUUCUAGUACUCGCGUUGGGAAAUUUGUAAUGCUGUAAACAGCCUAUAAGGAGAUGGAUUUGUAUAAUGCGGCUGUCCUUGCUAAAUCGCAUUACCCUACGGACUGCACUUUAUCAUGCGUGAAUCCCACAAAUUCUAGGUUUGUGCUGCAAAGCCACCAUCUUGGGUCUGGAGUGGAGACGUUCUUCCUCAGGAUAGCUGCUGAACAUGAGCAACAGCCAAAAGCAGCACGGAAUUGAGGUUGAGAAGAAGUGCAGGAAGUGGCUAGCAGACACGGCAGCGAAGAUGCUUAACCGAGUGCGGCUUGUAUCCAAAAUAAAAGCACGCCCGUGCCAUAUACAACAGGCCGAAAGACGAACGCUCUGAGCCCGAUGUAUAUAUCCAGGCUUACAGGUCGCAUUCGUCGUCCUUGUCGCGCCUGUUGAUUUUGAUGGAGACUGGCACCCAAUGAAGGCAAGAUGGUCGAGAAUGGGAUGCCCGCGUCCUUCUCUUUUUCAGGAGCAACAUGUCUACCCACCCACAUUCGAAGGAUGGCGCUUCGUAUUUGUCGCCGCGGGCUGCUUUUGUUUUGGAUACGCCGACGAAGAUGGAGAGGACAGGGAGGAACAGAUACUCUGCGACGAAACAUCCCCGGAAGGGGUGCUGGCAAGCUCUUUCAAGACGGUGGCGGGUUUGCGGGUGCUCCAGUCGCGGGGCAGCGGAUCUUUUCCGGACCACUGCUUCCGAGACGAGGUCCACGAGCUGACCCCGCUCGCCGUUCUGCAGGUUGUGCCGGGGCUAUCCAUCAGACAAAUCCAGCAGCAAGCAGCUGGAGCAAACGGGCCUGCGAGGUGCGCGCCGUCGAGGCGCGCCCGUUGUCGCUCGCCUUCGUAAAGAAUAAAGCGCGGCGCAGGCGGGCGCGAGCGUGCCGGCCGGCCGGCCGUGCGCUGACUGUUUGCCCGUGCGCAAAAACCACGGAUGGCGCGGACUCACGCACGCUGCCGCAAGCCCUACCAACGCCAAAGAAAGGACAGCCGGCCCUGCAUUAAAAGCGGCGCCGCGCCCUGCACGCCCUCUAACCCAGACAAGACAGCCCCCCAUCGCGGGCCGGGGCGGUGGGAGGGGGGGCUGGAACGCCAGCCGCGCCGCAAAGCGCAAAAGAACGCUGGCCGGGGCAGGAAGCUGCCCCGGGAUUGCCGCAGCGCCCGGGCGCAUCGCAUGGACUGGGGUCCGCCCAGCGACUGCCAAGCCGGCCCGGUGUGGCGCUAGGGGAGGUAGAUAGCAUCCCGCGCGCCACCGUUCGUACGGCCGGUGUUUAGGGUGUCACGGGAGAACGCCGUCGGGGCCCAUCGCUGCGCGCAUUCCAGCUGCGGCCAUGUAUCACGCAAUCAUUGCCGAAAGCUGUGAAAAGUAGCUGCGCGUGCUAGUCGCGGCUCGUGGCACUAGGCGCGCCCCGUGAUCGGCACUGUCCCGCCUGCCUAUUAACAGCCCCGCUACGCGGCCAACUUCCCCACCUGAGGGAGGAGCGCUACCGUCGUAAGUCCAAACAAUUGCGCGCCGGCGCUCGCGGUGUGAGGAAGGGCGGCGUCGCAGUCGUCUUGUUACGAAAACGCUUGCGCCCAGCGUCUGUGUGUGCCCAUCCUGGUUUUGUCUGAUAGAGAUGGACACCCCUCUCCCGUUGUACUUCGUGCGGAUAUGUGUUGCCCAUCCAGUACAAAAACCAGAAGCGGGAUUUUUUCUCAAUGCUCCGGUACAAACUCAGCGAUGAGACUGAUGCCUGGCGACGCAUAUGCCGGAUGUGCCGGCAGGCUUUCGCCAUGUGCUACGAUAGUGGCAAGCGCCCCUCCCCCAGAGCAAGCAAACGCGCGUCAUGCAAAUUUGCCAAAAGAAGUCCGUCCGACCUUGCAUGAAUACGCACCAGAAAGAUUCGGGGCCGAGCGUGUGCGGAGGUCAUUGCUUUUCAAAUAGCUAGAUUGCGGGCAGCGAUUCCCCAUUAGUUACAGAGAUUGCAGAGAUGUCUGUGCUUGGAAGAGUUCGCGAACAUUGAUAUUGCAGUUUUUCGGCUUGCAGGAACUUGUGCCGGCUAUGCAACACAGAUCUUCUGGACCCACGCCAGAUGAUCGGCGCAAGGCUACUUCCUUCUGUCUGCAAGCAGAUGAGCCAGACACGUCUGCAACCAAGCAAAGACAUGUCAGCAGAGAUGUCUCCAACGUGUUUGCCCACCUCUGUUGUUUCUGUCCGGCUCAUCUGCCUCGCGUUGAGCCCUGGAGGCGUGUUGAUAUUGGGGAUAGCGAGGCAACUUGGGCCGACACUAAUUUUGGCCAGCACCUGACGCAUUCUCUCCCCCACGAAAAACAAACACUUGCUACGUCGAGGCCUAUUUGCAAUGCAAGGACUUCGCACAUUUCUGCGGGGGGGGGCGCUUUUCAUUUUGAUAAGAGCGACGAGGCGGUCGUCGUUAAAAGCGAGUCCGACUACCUUGUCGCGAAUCCUCGCCCAACAAAAAUCGACUGGCGGUAUUUUUCGGCACGCGAAAAGGAGCAGGCGGCCAGAUACGCUGACACAUGGAAUGGCGAUGAAGUAGGAAAGCGGCAAAAACUACGCACAGCCGCUUUGCGCCGAGCAGCCGCACAGAAGUACGCCGAACGCAAAUUCCUAGCCGCGUACACCGACAGGGAGUACUCGAGUGACCUAGUCCUGGGAGACAUGCCACAUCUGCGCAAGGUGCGGAGGAAGGGCAGCGUGUCAAUCCAGAAGACAUUUCGCUCCUACAAGGCGUUCCGAAGGGAGCUCCUGGGGCUUUUGGAAAUGCAAGAAAACCCGCACGCCCAGCAGCUCGCGGAGAGCACGAAGCGGCGCUACAAGACCGCGCGCGAUCUGGAGUUAGUCGGCCCGUCCCUGCGCCGUACGCAACAAAGUUCUCAGCCGCCAUGUCCGCUUGUCUCGCUCGGACGGGGCCCCGCUUCACAAACGAAAACAAAACGUCGGCGCGUUUUGUUUUUCUGAGCUUUGCAAGCGUUGCCUGGAGCAUCAUCUGGCGCGGUGUUUUUCUCUAGUGCUUCUCUCCCGAGAUCAUAGCGCAGGGCGCUCUCUCUAUUUUCAUGGAUCGGCUUCCUGGAUGGUUGCAAUCGCUCACGCCCCGCAUGCAUGACAAGCAAGGCACCGCAUGAGAAGUUUGUAUUCGGAUAAGCAAAAGCGACUGGGUCUUUCGAACCGAGCAGGCGGGCAUCUGCCUCGUUGAGAUCUUGACCGUGCUCCCGGACUACGUGCGGCGGGAUCUCGCGAAACAGUAUUUCAUAAAUUUUUUACACAGCCUAUCCGUGACAGAGGCCGGACUCCCAUACCGAAGUGCCAGCUUUUCGUGUGAAAGGGGGCCGGCUCUGGACUGCCCAGACCAACUAUGUUUGUGACGCUUUUCUGAUCCCUAUUCUGUGUGACAGUGUUGCUUGUCCAUGAUGAGGUAGCACGAAAGGAAAAUGUGUCUGGGUCUACAAAACCUGUCAUGCCGAAAAAUGGCCUCGAUUGAUUAAAGUGCAGCAAGGCAUGAAAAUCCUGUCGAGCGCUUGCUCAUGCGUGGCGUGCAUUACAAGCUGCGUUUUCGCAUUCCGGCUUCUAUUCUUUGUUGCUUUUUUAUAUAUGCGAUUCAGAUUUAUUGCAAGUGCUCGACGCGCAAGACAGGUUGCUGCCUUACAAACGCAGAGAUAUUCUCGACGCAUAGGCCGAGCGGCAUCCUGAUCACACAUCUCAAAAUCAGGUUUCAAAGCACGUGCGAGGACAUUUGGGGAAAAGAAAUGCUCCACAACGACCUGAAAAUGGAUAACCUCUGCGUGAAGUUAAUUGACCAGACGAAGGCCGACAGGAGGCAGAGCACCAACUCCCAGCACACUUUGUGGCACUUGACAUUUAUCGACUUCGGGUCCGCGUUAAUUCUUCGGAAGAAAAACCGAAACAAGAAGCUAGAGCAAGAGCCGAUCUAUUUCUGCAGCAUUGGAGUCACCUGGCCGUUCCUCGAGAAGGAUUUUUGCCAGAAGUACCACGAAGCCGUGGAGAUCAGUCUGGCGGCCAGCCGUGCGAAUGAGGUCGUAAGCCGUGCCGAAGAAAUCCAGGUAGAACAAGUGCUGCAUGAUGGGGAUAAGCAUAGUGGAAGGGGUUUCCUUGUAGAAGGUUCCAGGCCUUUCAAAUUUUGGUCUUUGGCUUUUUCUUCUGCCAGAACAUGCGGGUGAAAAUGAAAAUGAAAAACUUCCACAGAUGAAUGAUGAAAAACAUCCAUGGACAUGACAAAUAAAAACCAGAAACUGAUCUGCGACCUCCGUGUGCUGGCCCUCCAAGAAGCAUUUUGCGCCUCUCUUGUCCUGAAGUUCUUCUUGGACAUGACGAAUCAGUGCUAUACGGACACGGCGGAACUGGAGAGUGGCAAAGAAGACGAAGAAAGAAAAGCGAAGCGAUCGAAGAAGCCACUGGAUGUCGAAGCGGCCAGAAGACGAAAUGACAAGUUUCGAGAGGUAGUCACAGUAGACAAGAAAUUGGUCACGGAUUUCAACAAGUGCAUUGCAAAAUCGCUGGCCUUGUCGCUUCCUCAAGGAUGGGAGUACGACGACUAAGGCCCCUGCGGGUGUUGCGCUCAUGAAACUUUCUGGCAGCGCAUAUGAACAAGAAGGAAAAAUCUCACCUCGUCGAAUUUGAAUACUUCUAAGUAAGGACGCCAUCGCGACCCUGCGCGCUGAGAUUACAAAACGCCAGGGGCCACGAUUUC